AUGCCGGGCACCCCAGUUAAGAGCUGGAUUAAACCCCCGUUGGAUUCAGACAUGCAACUCAGCCCGGCUUGCAGUCCAUCUGACUCCGGACGUACCAGGAAUUCAAAAGCACGUACAGGCUUUUCGAUUGUCUCCACCUCUGGUCUUGUGCACAAAAGACGGUCUACAUCAAAACCACCUAACGAUCUGAAGAAUGAAACAGCUGACCUCCCGAAAACCGCCACGAAGCGAAUUCUCUCCAAGAUUCCUAUCCCGCAAAGCCAUGAGAACAUCUACACUGUUCCCAAUAUUCUCACCUUUUCCCGGCUAGUGGCAGCCCCUGUAGUGGGAUACUUACUGGUCCAUGACUACCAUGCAGCGGCCCUCUCGCUGUUUGCCUAUGCAGGCGUUACAGAUUUGGUCGACGGCUAUAUUGCCCGACGGUACAAUCUGCAGACAGUGGUGGGCACUAUCAUCGAUCCAAUGGCUGACAAGCUGCUCAUGACGAUCGGAGUGGCCUGCUUGGCGGUUAACGGAUCUCUUCCUGUUUGGCUAGCGGUGAUUAUUCUUGGGCGUGAUGUAGGUCUGGCCAUCUCCGCUAUCUACUACCGAUGGAUUUCACUGCCGCCGCCCAAGACUAUGGCGCGGUAUUGGGACUUCUCGCUCCCGUCGGCAGAGGUCAAGCCGACGGAAAUCUCCAAGAUCAAUACGGCACUGCAAUUGGUGUUGGUCGGAAGUGCGAUCGCUUUGCCUGUAGUGCCUGAGGCAAUAAUCAGUGCGUGGCAUUUGAGUGAGGCCAUGACUGGAUUCCAGUAUCUAGUAGCAGGGACUACGAUCUGGUCCGGCCUAAGUUAUGUCUUCUCCAAGAAUGCAGUGAAGAUUCUGACCAAAGAGGAGGUGCAGAAGCGAAUUGCACAGGCUGGAGCUAAGCGUCCCCCUCAAUGA